GCUGGUCUUUUCAGGUAUUUAUUACCCCUCAAUUUCUUGGAAAGGUGCAAUUAGUGAAAUCUUGCAAAUUCCAACUGAAUUAUCAACACCACUAGAAAUUAAACAUAAUCUAUAUUUAACCAGCGGUCUUUUGCUUCCACCUUCAGACUAAUGGAGAGAAACGUUUGGGGUAACCACGAACAUGAAUGUCCUGUUUGUGGGCUUCCCCUCCGAAGCGCUGGUGAUGACAGUUGGAUCAUAGAAGACCGAAUCGCCCCUAUUCCACCAGAAUUUAAUAACGACGACGCCUUGAUAAUGUUGGCAAUGUAUGAGCAAUGGUUAGGCGACGUUACAUUGCUCUGCGACCCGGAUGAUGAAAUGGGGCAGCUUAUACCAUCUUUCACUUAUGAGAAUCUCAGUGACCAGGGCGUCUCGCAUCCUCAAACUCACCCGUCAUCCUUACGUCUGCUUCAACCUUUCGCUAAGCAAUCGGAAAUUAGCGAGUAUUUGGCGGAACAUUUAGGCGGUCCAUUAUUUUCCUUCUUCGUGCCAGGUGGAACUUGGAGUAAAGUGAACAUUCACAAUUGGGACUUUGAAACAUUUGAUGGGCGCUCGUACAUACCUAUACAUUCUGUCUGUCUUAAUAUGGCUAAAAGAGUUAUAGAAAACUCUUCAAAUAGGUAUGUUGGUAGCAUGCGUAGCUUGUUCCUUGCCCUGCGUUGGAGACACGCUGUCUCGCAUACAUUCGGCGCAGCUUCGCUCGCGGCGAAUUAUACUCUGGGGCCAACGUCUUGGUACCGGCCGAAUGACGAUUUCUGGGAAAUAGGUGAUGAUUACUAUUAUUGUGAAGAAAAACACACUAAAGCUCAGUGGCCUGGACCGACGCAAGAUGAAAAAUUCAAUAUUUUAUAUACAUUCUUAAGCGAUCCAAUCAAGAUUGAUAAUAUCACUGAUACGCUUCUAUCAAAUCUGGAACCGGUCCGACGUGGCGUAGUCGAAGACGAGGCUCAUAACCUCCGAGCCCGGCUUAUGGCUCUGCCUGAAGACAUCUUUCAGAUCAUCCUGUCACACUUGCGGUCCUUUAGAGACUUACCACUUAAAGUAAACAAUAUACUGCCACAGUAUAUUUGGAAGAAUGAGUUCAUGUUGGCCGGCAAGGGGCUUCUGCCUUGGCUAUGGGAUAUAGACACCCAAAAAAUAGAUCACAAAACAAACGAGCCUUGCCCAGGAGGCCAGGAUUUCGAAUGGAAUUGGGAACUCCUUGCCCGGAAGUUAACUUGUAGCGUGGAUGGGGGUAUUCGCCUCGAUGUCCCAAACAAUAUUGACGUUUUCGCCUCCAGCUCUAGACGCGAAGGGUUCAAAUACCAUGAAGACAUAUGGGCCUGUACUGGCUACCACAAUAUCCUCGGACAUGUACCUAGAGGUCUACAUAAUCGUCGGCGCAUCUGGCAACUCUUGGAGGAGAUAUUUGUUGGCGAUCAACUUCCAAUAGCGGGAAUGAAAUGGCGACAACGGGGUUACGUACCAGCCAGAGAAAAAUGCGUCGAGUUGCCAUGGACAAAAGAGGGAAACCUUAGAGAUUCUGCAAUAUGGCUUCCAUCGAUAAACUGGGAUAGCUCCUAUGCUCGUAGGAUCGGCGGUGAGGUAUAUAGGAUACCAGAGCAAAGUCCAUUGCAGUACUGGCAAACAAAGGAGUAUAGGGCGCGAAACGGCGAGGAAUGGGAACAACCGGUUGAACCAGCGUCUGCUAUUGAAAUCUUGGACGUGAUUCGCAAGCUCGGAUAUCCUGUGUAGGUAAAACAAGAUGAACUGCUCAAUAUGAUAUGCUGGGUAUAUUAAAACUGUACCUGGCAUAUAAGCUCUUCCCCAAUCGUUAAUAGAUAGCACUUGGCGGAAGUAAGGGUUAGUAAAACACGGG